UUUGUAUAAGUAAUGGCUGAGAGGCAGCAGCAGCCAACCGUAGCGCAGAAGAUAGUAGGCCAGCUCUAUCUCAGCUCCACUUUAUCCCAAGACUUUCACCACAGCCGCUGUGGGGGGUUUCACCAUCCGGCCGCUGUGCAAACGAGGCGCUUAACAUACGGGAACUAUGGCAUUUCAACAUUGCAACAUCCCAUCACACUAGUUUCUCCACCUGUUAUUGUACAAGCUCCCAAUGAGAAAGGCUUCACCGGUUUCAUUGUCGAUUUUCUCAUGGGCGGAGUCUCUGCAGCAGUCUCCAAAACCGCCGCCGCCCCUAUCGAACGCGUAAAGCUUUUGAUUCAAAAUCAGGAUGAGAUGAUCAAGGCCGGCCGCCUCUCUAAACCCUACACAGGAAUCGGUGAAUGUUUCAGCCGUACUAUCAAGGACGAGGGCCUGGGUUCCUUGUGGAGAGGCAACACAGCUAAUGUCAUCCGUUAUUUCCCCACUCAGGCCUUGAAUUUUGCAUUCAAGGACUACUUCAAGAGGCUUUUUAACUUCAAGAAGGACCGCGAUGGUUACUGGAAGUGGUUUGCUGGAAACUUGGCUUCUGGUGGUGCUGCUGGUGCAUCUUCCUUAUUUUUUGUCUAUUCCUUGGAUUAUGCUCGAACCCGUCUUGCCAAUGAUGCCAAGGCCGCCAAGCAGGGCGGUGGAAGGCAGUUCGAUGGAAUGGUUGAUGUCUAUAAGAAAACCCUCAAAACUGAUGGCAUUGCAGGGCUUUACCGCGGAUUCAACAUUUCAUGUGUUGGCAUCAUUGUCUACCGCGGCCUCUACUUUGGCAUGUAUGAUUCAUUGAAGCCAGUUGUCCUCACUGGAAAGUUACAGGAUAGUUUCUUUGCAAGCUUUGCUCUGGGUUGGGUUAUAACCAAUGGUGCAGGCCUUGCCUCGUACCCAAUUGACACGGUUCGCCGAAGAAUGAUGAUGACAUCAGGAGAAGCAGUUAAGUAUAAGAGUUCAAUGGAUGCAUUUAACCAGAUUCUUAAGAAUGAGGGUGCCAAAUCUCUGUUUAAAGGUGCCGGCGCCAACAUUCUUCGCGCCAUUGCUGGUGCCGGUGUGCUUGCUGGCUAUGACAAACUUCAAAUGAUCGUGUUCGGAAAGAAGUAUGGUUCUGGGGGAGCUUAAUUGAGACAAAUUAAGUCAUAGAGAUGGUGAUGAAAAUUGAAAUGUUUUCAGUUGAAAUUUGAUUGUUUUCUCC